AUGUCUAAAGGGUCCGCAAAAGAUGACCAUGAUCAAUCAAAAAAGCCAGUGGUGCAGGCAGCCUUUGGAAAAUACUCUCUCAGUUUUCACUCUGCUUUUGGGUCCAGAAAGCACCAAAGAGCUCUUUCAGGAAAGAACUUCAGAGCAUUUCGAAAUAUGAAAUUGAUCCCCAUGGAAACCUCAUCUUCCUCUGAUGACAGUUGUGACAGUUUUGGUUCUGAUAAUUUUGCAAACACUAAACCCAAGUUUAGGUCAGAUAUCAAGAAAGAACUGGCUAAAAUUUUUUAUGAGGACUCUGAUGAGGAAUCAUUCUGUGGUUUUUCAGAAAACGAGAUUCAAGAUGUGUUGAAACUGGAAUCUGCGUUGGAGGAAAAUGACUUGAGCACUGAAGAUGAACGGCCACGUAGGAGACGAGGAAGACCCCCAGGUCCUCUAAAAGUAGCUGUGAAGUUUCCACUUCGAAGAUCUAAAAGGGGAAAGAAAGAGGUUGAAUCUGCUCCUGAAACACAAACUUCUCUAGACUUAGAUUCUGACUCUGAAGAAAAGGGCUCCACAUUUUUAGAGAAAAGAGCUUUAAACAUAAAGGAAAACAAAGCAAUGCUUGCAAAACUAAUGGCUGAAUUACAAAAUGUCUCUGGUAUCUUCACUGGAGGAAAAAUGUUGUCAACAAUCAGUCCGCGACCAAAGCGGACUCCAAAAAACCCAUUUCCCAGAAGCAUGUUAAGGAGGAACCCAGACCGAAGUUCUCGGCCUUACACAAGAUCUAGGUCCUUGAUUGAAGGUCCUCCUUCUCCAUUACCAGAGGAGGAAGAAGAUGAUAAGUACAUGUUAGUGAGAAGGAGAAGGCUAUCUGAUGAAUUCUUGGAGCAGGAAAUGAGAAGUCCCGGGAGAGGCCGUCGUGGUACCAUGGCUCUUCCACAUAUUAUACGUCCAGUGGAAGAAAUAACAGAGGAAGAGUUGAACAGCAUAUGCCAGUCUGCUCGAGAGAAAGUGUAUAACCAGGCAUCGGGCUCCACCUGUCAUCAAUGUCGGCAAAAAACCAUAGACACUAAGACAAACUGUCGUAACCCAGACUGUACAGGGGUGCGUGGUCAGUUCUGUGGGCCUUGCCUUCGCAAUAGAUAUGGUGAAGAUGUCAGGACUGCAUUGCUGGACCCUAACUGGCACUGCCCACCGUGUCGUGGAAUCUGCAAUUGUAGCUUCUGUAGGCAACGGGAAGGUCACUGUGCUACAGGUGUGCUAGUUUACCUGGCCAAGUACCACGGCUACGACAACGUUCAUGCCUACUUAAAAAGCCUGAAACAAGAACUUGAAAUGGAAGACUGAUGCUGUGACCAACUUCUUUGGUAGCAUUUUUAGUCGUGUACAUUUUAAAACUUUUGUAUGUACUUAAUUGCUUUAACCUCUGGAUGAUCACUGGUUCCAGGUAAAGAAAAGAAUGAUGGCUUUCAGCAAAGUGUGCUGUAUAUGGAAAAAUUGUAAUGGAGUACUAUACUGGCGAUUGUGAUGCCUCCUUCUAAAUAUUGUUGGAUAGGUGCCUUUCUCUUCCUAGUUAUAUUAUGUGGACAGUGCCAGUGUAGACAUCACUCAGAUGCAUCCCCCCUUUCCUCCCUUAAAAGGGAGUGGGCUUCAAGAGGUUAGAACUGUUCUUAUGGCUGUCUUAGUUACAGUUUUGAAAUGAAUAUUUUUAGAAUGGCUUUACUUUUUUUAAAAAAUUUUAAUGGAAAUGUACAUAUCAACUGUGGGCAUGUUUAAAGUAGCUAAUUUGGAUUGGACUGAAAUCACUAUUAAUUUUUCCAAAUGAAAGUAAUUAAUAGAAGCUAAAACUUUAUCUUUAAACUUGAGGGCAAAUUGUGAUAUUAAAGACAGAAAGCGAAUAAAAGAGGUUUUUACAAUAACCUAUGCAGUGGAUAAAGUCCUAGCAUUUGCUUUUAUAAAGUGCUCAGACUGCCAGGAACUUUUCAGGUUCCAGAGUUAUUAAAAUGAGUAGAAAUGCAACUAAAUGACUUUGGUUCUCUUAUAACUCCCCUGUCAAAAAGAAAGAAAUGUUGCUGAAAACUUUCAGUUCACCUGUAUGUUUUGCUCUACAAUGGAACUAGACUGGUGUAGGUCUACUGGUAACUAUGCUGAUGGAAAUGCUAGUUAACACGUACAGGGAGCUGAUCAUAUCAGUUGUUUCCUGCUGCAUUGGUGCAUAGCCAGUGAUUAAGACAGGGCUGGUUUAAAGCCCUGCGUUAGACAGACAUGCGGCAUUUCUAUUGAGAAGAUCAGUUCAAAUGGUUUCCAGAACUGGAGUCUGAAUUUUCUUUUGAGGGAGUUAGUGUUCCUAAGCCCAGUUAGACUGGGGUCCAUCUUGAAUUAAACACUUUGCUAGUUAUGCAGUAUAGCUCUAACUUUGAAUUUUUAACCUGCAUACGUGUAAUUUAGCUGGAUGCUAAAUUACCAGAAAGGGCAGCUGUUUCUUUAUGGCCUUAAAAAUAUUGUGGCAGUGGAGGUGUAAUGGGUUGCAUAUAUUCUGCAUGCAUUCACAGGGUGCUAUAGCUUGAUUCUGAACAAAACAACUAUUUUGCCUGACUUUGAAGAAACUGCAUGUACAGCUAAAGGCAAAGACUUAAACUGGAAAUGUCUAGUAUGCUGCAUGAGAGAGACUGUUGUGUACUAAAAGUGGUUGAAAGAAAUGUGCUAUCAGCUACAUCUGAGAAGCCACAGAAGACAUUUAAAAAUUCUUUUUCUUUUGAUUGCAAUGAUAUUAUCAUACUAGUUUAAUAAGGAUUUACAAUGUAAUACUCCAAAGGUGCUGUUAAAUUCCAAGUAAAAUUAUUUAGAAGAUGCAAUCUUAGACCUUUCUACUGCAGUAGUGUUUUUUGCACAGUGGUUUUCUUUGCCCAUAUGCAGUCUCUCAAUUCUGUAGAUCUUCCUGCAGGAGGAAUUGUAUUAAGCUAGAUUCCCCCUGCCUCUCCCUCCCCAGGGCAAACAGCAGUUAGGCUCCUUACCCCAAUAGACUUUCUUCAUAAGUGGAUCAUUUUUUGUUCCUGAAAAUCAUGUUUCCUCUACCUGCUCCUAGUAUUUUCUUGUAAUUGCCAUAGCUGAGAACAUACAAUUUAAGGCUAAGAUUUAGCAGAAAUUUAUGUAGAGUGAAUAUUUUCUUUUUGUCAAAUCUUAAGAUUUUCGUACUCUGUUUCAUGAAGAGGGAACUUUGGAGAUGUGUAUGCUAUGACUGUUUAUUGAUUUCUAAUUUGCCAUAUCUGCCUCCUGAUUGCUAAGCUGUACAAGAAUGUCUGAAAAAAUUGUAUGCCAUAUUAGUACCCCAUGUCACGUUGCAUGAACAAAUGCUGCAUAAAGAUCCUGUCUGAUUUAUGAAGCUCUUUUGUACAAAGUUUUUUAUUUUGAUAAUAAAAGUUUUGGCUUGA